AUGGAAAAACUCUGUGAUGCAAAUGAAGGAAUGCCUGAGAACCAAAGAAAGAUGGAAUACAAAGAACCGCCACAGGAUGCGGGAAAGCCAGAAUUAGCUUGUACUCUGGAAGACAAGGAAAAGUUGGAAAAUGAGGGGAAGACAGAAAAUGAGGAAAUACUAAAGGACAAGGAAAGGCCAGGGAGUGUGGGAAAGCCAAAAGAAGAGGGAAAACCAGUGAGCGAGGGAAAGCCAAAAGAAGAAGGAAAACCAGUGAGUGAGGGAAAGCCAAAAGAAAAAUCAGAGAAUGAGGGAAAGCCAGUGAAUGAGGAAAAGCCAAAAGAAGAAAAGCCAGCCAGCAAACCAAAGGCUGUGGGAAAGCGCCCAGCUGGGGAUGAUGUACCCAGGAAGGCCAAAAGAAAAACCAACAAGGGGCUGGCUCAGUGCCUCAAGGAAUACAAGGAGGCCAUACACGAUAUGCAUUUGAGCAAUGAGGAGAUGAUAAAAGAAUUUGACGAGAUGGCCAGGGUGGAGGAUGAGGUGAAGAAAACCAGACAGAAAUUGGGCGGGUUUAUGUGGAUGCAAAAAAGUUUACAGGACCCCUUCCACCCGAGGGGCCCAAGGGAACUCAGGGGUGGGUGCAGAGCCCCACAAAGGGGCUUUGAAGACAUUCCUUUUGUGUAG